AGUUGCAGACGCGUUUUUGCACACACAACAACAGAACAGAUGCGCGCAAGCAGAGGUUAUGUUUUACAAUAAACAACAAAAUUCCCAUCGCAAGUUACGAAAGGUCGCUCAAAAGGUCGUUACUUACGUUUGCAACUAUCACAAAAUAAUGCCACUUGCCAGUAGUUGAUAAAAGAAUCGCGUCCCAGUGAAAACCACCACUUCCAUCAGUGCUACAAGUGUAAUAUAGUAUAGCUGACGAUCAGCAUCGGGAUAAUAAAACAGCGGUUGUAAAUAAAUAAAUCAAAGUGCGGUCGUCUUCGUCGUCGUUGUCGUCGCCAGCGAGAAUGGCAGCGAUAGAGGAGCAAGAGAAACUGCUCGAGGACGCGAUUGGGGUGGUAAAGGUGCAGGCCCUCCAGAUGAAGCACUGCCUCGACAAGGCCAAGCUGAUGGACGCCUUGAAGCACGCCUCGACGAUGCUGGGAGAGCUCCGCACCUCCCUGCUGAGCCCCAAGAGCUACUACGAGCUCUACAUGGCCAUAACGGACGAGCUCCGGCACCUCGAGCUUUACCUGCUCGACGAGUUCCAAAAGGGCCGCAAGGUCGCCGACCUCUACGAGCUCGUGCAGUACGCGGGCAACAUCGUCCCGAGGCUCUACCUUCUCAUCACGGUGGGCAUCGUUUACAUAAAGACCAAUCCGUGCCUCAAGCGAGACCUGCUCCGCGAUCUCGUGGAGAUGUGCAGGGGCGUCCAGCAUCCUCUGAGGGGCUUAUUUCUGAGGAACUACCUGUUGCAGUGCACGAGAAACAUACUGCCGGACAAUCUAGAGGACAGUAACACGGACGAGGGUACCGUGCGCGACAGCGUUGAUUUUAUCUUGAUGAACUUUGCCGAGAUGAACAAACUCUGGGUGCGCAUGCAGCACCAGGGCCACAGUAGGGAGAGAGAACGAAGGGAACGCGAGCGGGAAGAACUGAGGAUCCUGGUGGGCACGAAUUUGGUCAGGUUGAGCCAGCUCGAGUCCGUUACGCUCGACAAGUACACGAAACUCGUGCUACCGGGUAUACUGGAGCAGGUGGUCAGUUGUAGGGACGCCAUUGCCCAGGAGUAUCUCAUGGAGUGCAUCAUUCAGGUAUUCCCGGAUGAAUUUCACUUGCAGACUCUUAAUGCUUUCCUCAAGUCCUGUGCCGAGCUGCAGAGUGGUGUCAACAUCAAGAACAUUAUCAUCUCGCUGAUAGACCGUCUGGCUGCAUUCAGUCAGAGAUCAGACGGCGUGGGUGGGCCCGGAAGCCCGAGUCAACCAGCGGGUAUUCCGCAGGAUAUUCAACUGUUUGAUGUUUUUAGCGAUCAAGUGUCGACUAUUGUACAAACCAGGCAUGAUAUGCCACUCGAGGAUAUAAUAUCCUUGCAGGUGGCUCUGAUCAAUCUGGCUCACAAGUGCUAUCCCGACAGAGUUGACUACGUUGACAAGGUACUGUUGAACACCCAUCAGAUAUUCCAAAAGAUACACAUUGAAAUUUUGGAAUUCAAUAGUGCUGUGUCCAGAGAGUUGUCGAGGCUUUUGAAAAUACCAAUCGACAACUACAAAAACAUAUUAACGGUCUUGAAACUGAAAAAUUACAGACCACUGUUAGGCUACUUUGACUAUGAAGGGAGAAAAUUAUUGGCAACGUACAUAGUGACAAACAUAUUGGACAACGAAACUCUGAUUCCAUCCCCAGAUCAGGUGGAUGCAAUUUUGUUGAUGAUUGCGCCUCUUAUUCAGGAUCAGACGGACCACGUUGUCGAAGACGAUCCAGAGGAAUUUGCUGAGGAGCAGGGACUCUUGGGCAGGUUGAUACACUAUUUCAAGUCAGAGGUGGCAGACGAGCAGUACAUGAUCCUAAGCACGGCAAGAAAACACUUUGUCUCGGGCGGUAGUAAGAGAGUGAGGUACACUUUACCACCUAUAGUAUUUCAAGCAUAUCAGUUGGCAUUUACCUACAAAAAUCUGCAGAGCGAGGAUGACAUGUGGCAGAAAAAAUGCCAAAAGAUCUUCCAAUUCUGUCAUUCGACCAUCACAGCUCUUCUCAAAGUCGAGCUGGCCGAGCUUCCUCUCAGGCUAUUCCUCCAGGGCGCGUUAGCGAUAGGCGAGAUCCGAUUCGAUAACUUUGAAAUGAUCGCGUACGAGUUUAUCAGCCAGGCGUUCUCGAUCUAUGAAGACGAGAUUAGCGAUUCAAAGGCACAGUUUGCUGCCAUUACGUUAAUCAUCGCCACGUUUGAGCAAAUGAACUGCUUUGGCGAGGAAAACGCCGAGCCGGUUAGAAACCAGUGCGCCUUGUAUGCCAGUAAACUUUUGAGAAAGCCGGACCAGUGCCGUGGAGUAGCCACUUGUUCGCACAUAUUCUGGUCAGGCAAGUCCUUGAGUACAGAAGGCAAAGAGAUGCAGGACAAAAAUAAGGUACUCGAUUGUUUAAAAAAGGGCAUUAGAAUUGCAAAUCAGUGUAUGGACAUUUCGGUGCAAGUCCAGCUGUACAUAGAGCUAUUGAAUCAUUAUGUGUAUUUUUAUGAAAAGGGCAACACAGCCGUCACUGUACAGAUUCUUAAUCAGGUCAUCUCCAAGAUCAAGGACGAGUUGCCCAAUUUGGAGAUCAGCGAAGAGACUGAGCAAAUACAGAAACACUUUGCCAAUACACUGGACCAUUUAAAGAAUAGGAUAGAAUCACCUGAGGCUGAGGCGCAGUUAUAUAGCGGGCUCAUUGUAUAAUUGGCAAUAAUAGUUUAAGAAUGUUAUAUUGUUGAGAUUUGUUUUU